AUGCCCAUGCUCACUGCCAUGGGCUCACGCCUCUCUCACCUCCUCCACCACUUCAUCUUCUCCCUUCCUUCCCCCAACAACACCACUUCCCUCGACUUCAAAUCCGGUCGAGCUUCGGGUGACGACGCCAGACUCGAGGAACUGUUCGAUGAGCCCGGAGAAGGCAGAGCUUUGGCUGGUGGUAUAGGACCGCUCAGUUUCGUAGGGUCAGGGUAUGGUGUACUUCUUGUCUUGAUGGCAAUCCUGCUCAACCGUAUACACCAUAUCGUCCGUCGACCUAGACCACCACCACCCCCUCUCCCUCACCCUCCUCGUCGAGGUUUACAUAGACUUCGACAAGCGAUCUCGCAGACACUGACCCAUCCGUCAACACCUAUGUACAUCCGACUACCAGGUAUAUUCGCGCUGACUCGAGCAUGGAUCAUCUUCACCGUCGUUCUGCUACAAGUCGCCAAUCUCUGGCCUCAGCUGAAUGAUAGUGGGUCAUUUGGUCGCCCAUUGAACCGAAUUGGCAAUUGGGUAGGGAACAUGGAGAUGGAAAAGGUUUGUUGGCAGGUGUUUAUUAGUGUAUGUACGGGACUGGCAUGCGGUGGAUUGGCGAAUGGAUUGGAUAGGUCCCGAAGAAGGGAUGUCGGAGCGAGCUUCAACCUGUUUGGCUAUUCCUUCCUUCUCCACUUGUAUUCAUCACCCUUGACCCAUCACCACCCUACUGGAGUAAGCAGUCGACCUCGACCAGACGUACACGCCCUAUUUCAACUCUGGCUAGGUCUCACAGAACUUGCUUGGUUGCAAGCCGCGGAGCUAUCUUCGUCCUUACGAGACAAUCUGCUCCUUCCUACGGGAGUCUGCGGAACACUAGGAUUGAUGCAUUUCGUCUAUGCAUUAUUGACCGCGCCUCUCAAAUUCCCUAGCUUCACCUUCCUUACACAUCUGAUGGCCCUUCUGCUAUCUGUGGUCAUCACUUUCACUGUCGCCCUCAAGGCUAUCACCUACCUUUUCACUUACGGUUAUAUCCCUUCCUUGGUCAGCUUACUUCCCCAUGAGGGCGUCGUACCCAAUCAACAUGACGACUUUGGAGUUACCUUACUCAAGAUUGGUACCGCUUGUAUCGAGGCGACCCAGUACUCCGGUUUGCGAAACGAGCUUGUCACCGUGGAAGAGCACCGAGGACCUUGGAUCGAAAUGUCAGCAACGGGAAGCGAUGUUCACAAGACGUUUGUCACUGGAGUAAAGGGUUUCGACAUGGAAAUUACCAAUAUCGAGGUAUCACAAUUAGCUGACCCUCAUGCGGAGAGUAUGUACUGGAAAGAACAAAAAGCGUUCUGGCGGGCUUGUGCAAAGAGUGCUAAAGCUUUCGCAUGGGGCAUGAUCAUGGCUACCCCUGUCGGACGGAAAUCCAUCAAACUGGUGAAGAAAGCUUGGUUGAAGAGAUGGUGGUAUGGACCAAGACAAUGGAGAGUCUGGAGAAGAGAGGCAUGGAGAGAACCACCGCUAGCCAUUGCUCGAAGAAGGAUCGCUCGAAGGGUGGACGAAGUCCAAGCGAUGAGAAGAGCUGAAGCUUACCGCACACCUUCGCCAGAGCCAAGCUACGCUGUAUCUACCGCUAUUGACUCUCAAGCCGAAGCAGUCUCCUACAAUCGAUUCCUCCUGGGUCAAGUGGAUCUGGAAGAUGAUGAUGAGGAUUGGGAGGAUGAUGCCAGCUCGACCUCAAGCAACCAAAGCGCAGAUAGCGAGAUCGAGGAACAAGCUCUUUAUCAAGACUUGGUCGCUAAUCAGGACAAGGAUGGUGACGAUAUCCAGCCAGUCCUGCUUGCUCACCUGACCUCGAGGAAUGCAACUCCCCUUACCCGAAGACGAUAUGCUGCUUUGUUGACAAACAGUCCCUCAACUCCACAACCUAAUCUGGGUAUGCAAGAGAUAAUACAGGAAAGAAGGAUAUUUUCUGCAGGUCAGCCGGUGGAUGAGGAUGAUGAAGAGAGGAGAAGAGCUUGUGUCGUCUGCAUGACUCAGAUGAGAGAUACCAUCCUAUGGCCAUGCAGGUGUCUUGCGCUUUGUAACGAUUGUCGAGAGAGUCUCGCAUCUAGACUUUCAGCUCAAGAUCACAUGUGUCCAUGCUGCCGAAGAAAAGUCGAUGGGUACAGUCGUAUAUACGUUCCAUAG